AUGACGGCGGACAACGAACUCGAGGUGAAGGAGGCGUUCCAGCGCGCUCAGAAAGCGCAUAACAACAAAGCUAAACUGGUGGCUAACCUCAAGAACCGAUACAUGAAGCUGGAAGAUAAAACGGCAUUCCACGAGGAGUUCAUCCACUGUCUGAAAUACGCCAUGAUCAUCUAUAAGAGGGAGCCUGCUGUUGAGAACGUCAUUGACUUUGUCACAAAAUUUGCCACGAGCUUUGAAACACCCGUGACUGAGGAAGAGCCAGAAGAAGAGGAGGAGGAGGAAGAGGAAAAUUCUUUCCUCAACUUCCUCUUCAGUUUCCUCUUGGAGUCUCACACAGCCAACAGUCACGCAGUGCGUUUCCGUGUGUGUCAGUUGAUUAAUAAGUUGCUGGGGAGUAUGUCAGAGAACGCCCAGAUUGAUGAUGACCUGUGUGAUCGAAUCCAUGAGGCCAUGCUGGUCCGUGUCACCGAUAAAUUCCCCAACGUCCGCAUCCAAGCAGCUCUGGCCAUGGCACGUCUCCAGGAGCCCAGCAACCCCGACUGCCCCACCAUUAAAGCGUAUAUCCUGAUUUUGGAGAACGACUCGAACCCAGAGGUUCGCCGUGCUGUGCUCUCCUGUAUUGCUCCCUCUGCCAUCACCCUGCCUAAAAUUUACAAACGCACCCGCGACGUCAAGGAGAAAGUCCGCAAACUGGCCUAUGAGGUGCUAGCGGAGAAAGUUCAUAUUCGAGCUCUGACCAUUGCUCAGAGAGUCAGCCUGCUUCAGCAAGGCCUCAAUGACUCAGCUGAGUCGGUGAAAGAGGUCGUGAAGUCUAAGCUGCUGCCUGCGUGGUUGCGUCUGCUGCAGGGAGAUGUUCUGCAGCUGCUGCACAGACUGGACGUGGAGAACUGUUCUCCGACGGCCGUCGCAGCCCUGCACGCUCUCUUCUCCACGAGCACCGACCCCGAAGAUCUGCUCCACAACACGCUCGCCCUGGACGAGAGGAGAGUAAUUCCACAGGAGUCUCUGAGCUGUGAGAACGUGCUGUACUGGAGAGCUCUGUGUGAGUAUGUGAAGAGUAAAGGAGACCAGAGUGAGGAGUUGCUGGAGCGCCUGCUGCCCGAAGCCGCCAUAUUCGCUGAAUACCUGUACAGUUAUCUAAAGGGUAUCCCUGUGCUGUCUGAGGAGCAGCGGGCAGACUUCAGUCAGCUGGAGAUGGUCAUGACUAAAGAGUUUAUCGGGCAGCAGCUCAUCCUCCUCAUCGACUGCCUGGACACAGCAGAGGAGGGAGGAAGGAAGCGUGUCAUGGCGGUACUGCAGGAAAUGUUGCUGUUGGCAAACACACCUGUCUCACUCAUCUCUUUACUGGUGGAGAAGCUGGUCAGCAUAAUCCGAGAUGACAAUCAGCGCAUACAAGUGAUUGCUGAGAUCAUCUCUGACGUGCGGGAGCCUAUCGUACCUGUAACUGACCCAGUAGAUGAGAAUGAGAAUCGCAAGAAGCAGGUGAAGUUGGCAGAGGUACGUGUGCGUAUAAUGGAGGCCAAGCAGGAGCUGGAAGACUGCAUCAGCGCUCAGGACUUUGGCCGUGCGGCCGAGUUGAAAGACUCCAUUACCCAGCUGGAGCUGCUGCGUAACCAGCUGGCCCAGGAAGCUGCAGAGCCUGACAUAAAGGAGCUCCGCGUGGAGAAGAAUGAUCCGGAAACUCUGCUGAAGUGCUUGACGAUGUGUGCAGAGGUGGUGAAGCAGAUGAACAUCAGGAGGGGAAUCUGUCCAACCAUGAACGCUCUCAUAGAGUCCCUGGUCUUGCCAUGUGUGUCUAACCCUAAUCCAACCGUGCGUAACAUGGCUGUCGUGUGUCUGGGCACCUGCGCGCUGCACAGCAAAGACCUGGCCAACAGACAUCUCAUACUGCUGCUGCAGAUCACGCAGUUGGAUGAGCCUAAGAUCAGGAUCAGUGCACUCAGAGCUCUCGUUGACCAGCUGCUGCUCAACGGCUUCGACAUCCUCAAAGACACACCCUCCUCUCAGCCGACCGGCCAGCCCCGUUCACCGGACGACCCUGACGGACAGCUCGACGAGCCAAUGGCCCAGGCUCCUGAGAUGGAAGAGGAGCAGAGUACGGUGCAGAGCAUUCUGAAGAUGCUGUCGGACUUCCUGGACAGUGAGAUCUCAGAGCUGCGGACUGAGACGGCAGAGGGCUUGGCUAAGCUGAUGUACUGUGGGAGAAUCUCCAGCCCUAAGCUCCUGUCUCGCCUGGUGCUGCUGUGGUACAACCCCGUCACCGAGGACGACCAGCGGCUGCGUCACUGUCUGGGCGUCUUCCUGCAGCUGUAUGCCCGAGAGAGCAGGGCGCAUCAGGAGUGCGUGGAGGAGAGUUUCCUGCCCACGAUGAGGACUCUUUACCACGCCCCAGCUACCUCGCCCCUGUCCGAGGUCGACGUGUCCAACGUAGCCGAGCUCUUCGUCGAACUGACCAGACCCAGUUCCCUUAUCCAGCCUGACAAAGACAUCGCUUUACAGGGUUGGUCGGUGCAUGACAGCCUGGCGGUGCGCGUGUGUAAUGAGAUACUGGGGGACGUGUCCGCCCCUGAGGUGCGUCUCUACUGUAAGACCCUCAGUAACCUGGAGCUCAGCACGGGCCAGGGAUCCACCAGCACGGAGCUGCCGCUGCUGCUUAAGGAGAUUCAACAGGAGGUGAAGGAUAAGAUCUGUUUGAGAGCCAUAGAGAAGCUCAUUGAGCAGUUGAGGGGAGACCGUAAGACAAAGACCAGCUCCAGUGCACAGGAUGUGACCGAACAGACACAAGAAGACAAUGCAGGAGAUGUUGUGAAUGAGGAUGAUAUCAAGUCUUCAAAAAGACCCAAAAGAGGCCAGAGGAAAGGAACUACCGCAAAAACGACAAAGAAAAACAGUAAAGCAAAGGAGUCCUCUGACGAAAGCGAUGAAGAGAACGUCCCGGAACCUCCCGUCUCUGCGCGGCCCAGUCGUCGGGCUAAGAGCGCUGCUCUGGACAAAACCAAGCAGGACCUGACGGCACUCAUGAAUCGCGAAGCCAACGGCCCCUAG